GCUACUAGCACUACUGUAUGGCUACCAUGUUUCUGUUAUUUUUUGUGCACUUGCAGGUAUUAGACAAGCUGUAAGAUUCAGGAAUGUGACAGCAGUGCUUCAUCUUCUUUCCUGUCUGCUGCUCCUCACUAUCAUGGAGGCUAAACCAGCAAGUGAAGAUGAACACGUAACUCUGGUCAAGAGACACCAGAACACAAAGCAAAGGCACCAACCAAUGCAUAGUACUAAAAUGCCUGAUGAACAGAUUGGGAGGCAGAGAGGGAGUUUCUCUGUGGAAUACAUUAACAUAUUUUUGUGUUAUUGACACGUCUUGUGUCCUGAAGUUCUUUCCAUUACACAGGUGGAAUUACAUAUCUUUGGAUGAGGUAUAAGAUAUGAUCAUAGACUUAUCGAAAUAGAAAAGAAAAAGGUUUGCUUAAAAGUUAAGGUGUUAAGAGUUAAAUCUGUUGAUUUCUGUCCUGAAUGCAUAUCCUACAGUUUUUUUUUUUUAAAUUUUAUUUUACAAUUUUGUUUCUGAUAUCCUUGACUUACAUAGAUAGACAAUUUUUAACUAGUUUCCAAUGGCAAUUUGCUGAUCAGAGUAAUAGAAGUUGCUUAUAACUGCUUAUAACUGAAAUAGCUCUUAUUACAGUGUUGAGGGCUGACUAUUCUUUUUUUUCUUUCUGGGCUACAUAAUGACUUGAAAAUCAGUAGGAUAAGCAGUACGGAUAAAAGCAGUAAAUUCUUUUUCAGAACCAAUCUUAUUGUAUAUAUAAGUGUUAUAACACAACUACAGGCUUCAUUGUAUAUGCAAAACAACUGCUUUAGACCAUUUCUUUUGCAGUAUUUUGUCAUUUCUCUGCAAAAAAGUCUGCAAGUAUGAAUGCUUACAAAACAUUCAGACAAAACUUUAGACAGACUCAUGGGUGAAUAUAUGUAAAAAUGUUUACCUACCUAACCAAAAUUUUUUACUAUUGAUUUGAUGAUACAAAAUUAAGUGCCAGCAGUGGUUGUGGGAUCUUUUUUUCCUUUUUUGCACUGGUGCUUGACCAAUAUUCGUAGUGAUUUGGAAAGCUGAUAUAAUUUGGUAGGAGAAAAGCAGAGCUUAAACUAUGUUUAAGGAAGAACGCUAGCAUUUGCAGAGAUGUGGAAGAAAAACAGUUCCUGCUGGCCAGAAAAUCAUGAAGUCUGUAAUAUAAUCAGUAGCAGGAGAAAAAUCACCUUUUCCCGUGCCAAGAUGCAGAAACAUUAAAGAAAAUAAUCUUGAAUAAGUUGAUGUAAAAAAAAAAAAAAAGUAAUUUUCUUUUUCUUUUUCAGAUCUAUAUUAUGUAUGACUGUAAAAAAUGGAGAGACAAUACAUCUAAGUGAGAUAGAGGUAAUUCUUAUUAGGAUGAGGACAGAAUGGUCAUGAUUAUUAAAUAGAAUAUUUAUUGAGCAAAAGCACUUCUAUAGACUUUCUUAUGGCAGUGACUCCAUAUAGAGCAAGUAGGUCAUCCCUAGUAGAAAAUCUUAGGAUCAAUAAAAUCAAAAGUGAAGCAGAUAACCUCUAGUUAUACAAUCAGAAAUAUUAGAAAAGAAACGAAAGAGAGUCACAGAAUUUGUAGUUCUUAUUUGCAAGUGUAGUUGUAGAAUUCUUAACUAAUCCGCACUAGCACUGAAAUUUUUGUAACUUUUUACAGGGACAAUGAAUAAAACCACUAAUGUUAAGAUGUUAUCAGAAUUGCUAUAAUUGAAAAGUUAUUCACUUAAUCUUUUACAUUUUAAUAAUUAAAAAAAAUCUUUUUGCUGAGCGAGGAGAGAAUGGGCAUUCACUGAGCUUGGGCCAUGCUAUCAUGUGUUCUUUUCUUCAGGUGUUAACAAGUUUCCUUACUGAUCCUCUUGAAUUUCUUUUCUGCUUUUUAUUUUUGGAACUAGAUCUUUUGUUAAUUGUUGCUCUCUGCAAUUAAGUUGGAGGAAAUAGGAUGCUGUGAUUCUUGUUAGUUAUGUUUUUGACUUAUUGCUGCAUGGAAUUUAAACUGAAAUGAGGGAAAAAUGCUUACUUUACAGAGAAUUUAAUGUCAAGAACAGAGCAGUUUUCAUAAGUGAGUCAUCCAGGGACUUCAAGUUAGUUGCUGAGGAUGCUUCUGUACUGAGACCUAGAAGAGGAUCAGAAAGAAAUCAGUUGUGCUGAAAAGUCCUAUGUACUAGUUUAUGUCCACAUUAUGAGUGGCUUGUUCCACUUAGAGCGGUCUGGUUGCCGCCCAAAACACAUAGCACUGAAUCUUGGUACUGGGUCUACGUAAUGCACCUCUGAAUACAAUGGAUAUGUGUCUUUUUGUAUUUGAAAUAGUGUGAGGGCUGUAGCACAGCUCAGUGGUACUAGUGAAGCAUGAAGCUGAGUUUCCAGAAAAUGUGAUGGCAUUUGGGGUGCUUCGAGGGUCAGUGUCCUCCUGGCUAUGUGGAAGGGCUCUGCAGGCCAACAGGAGUGGUAUGGGUGUGAGUCUGUCUGCACUGCCCCUCGGGAGCAGUCUCUCAGGUGAUGCAUGUGCUGAGCUCUGCUUGGUCAUACCUUGCCUACGUGUCCUUAUUCCCAGUAGUUCUUUAGCAGAGCAAGGGAAUGAAUUCAGCACUGUUGGGAACUGAGGUGCCAGUACUGAAUUCACUCCCUUACGCUCGCUUGUUUAGCACAGCCAUUGUAAAAACAAAGUCUGUAAAAGCCAGAAAAUGAGUCCACAUCACCUUUUCUUUCCUUUCUGGUCUUCAGAUAUCUGUCUUUCAUGAGCUGCCAUGUUUAAUCAAAAGGGAUCCAUGGGUAGAGUCAUUUCCUAAUUGAUGCUGCUGCCUUUUUAAACUGAAACACUUCAUUCUUAUUGUGAUCAGCAAGGAGAAAUUUGACUAGAUGGGUGACUGAUCCAGAGGGGAGUACUGGUAAUCAGCAUUAAUGGAAGGAGCCUGCCUUUACUUAUUCACCCUACGAAGGAAAAAGGAAUUUUCAGGAAGAUGCUUUUAGUCAGUGCACUGAAUUAGGAGAACUUGUUUUAUUUUCUUUAUGUUGCCACUGUCACUGUCAGGAUGUUCUUGGUCUUUGCCCUAGACUUCCAUUUGUGUAAUGGAGGGAUAAAUUAUGUCUUUUUUUUUUCUCCACAGCAUGUAAUAGUGGGUGGCAUAUUUGAUAAUUUGUCAGUGGCAUACAAGCAUUUUUGUUAAUAUCCUUUUAUCCAAAGUAAAAGCUUAAUUUUUUUUCCAGUGUGAAUUUGUAACAUUUCUUCAUAGAUCAAAGCACCGGAUUAACCCAUUUGGCAUUUUCACAUUGCUACAAUUAAUGGAUUCCAUUUAGGUCCUCAUUUCAGACUCAUAUCUUUUCAGAGGUACUGACCUGUUUCUUACCAAAGCAUGAAGCUAGUCAUCUAUCUUACUAUAAAUAACCAAUUAUUCUGUUCAUCAUUUGCAAUUUCUUCACAAACUUCAGAGUCGCUGGACUCAGACUUUCUAGGGGCAAGGUUAAUUUUUCUCUUCAUUUUUUCUUAUCCUUAUUCUCAUGGCCUUACAUUAAUGUGCUCAAAGGAUAUGAUUAAGGGCUAUAUUUCUCUUAAUUAUAUUGGUUCUUGAAAAUGUUUUGAAGUUGGUCCUUUUUUCCUUGUGAAGUUAUUUUCCUCAAGGAAAUACCAUUUCUGUUCCUCAGGCACUAUUUUUUUUUUUCUGCCGGUGUUAGAAACUCAACCUGUCAGUUUUGCUAGUUCAAGGAAUUCUUGAAUAUGCUCAUUGCUCAGGGUUGUGUUGAUCUGCAGGUAUCCAUGCUUCCCUUUCAUGUGAGAAAUGAAAUUGAUAGCAUUCACAUGUACCUGAGUUUAUCAGUAGAUUGAGAGAUCGAAUUCUACUUUAACAUACCUCUAGAAACUGCCUCAAAUCCAUGUUUAUUUCAUAGCUGAAUAUUUGAUUGUGGCAUGCAAUAAACGUAUUGCAUAUUAUCUAUUGUGAUGGGAUAUCUAGAAUUAUAGAAGUUUUAUGAGUUUUAUGAGUGAGGUUAUAUUUAUUUGGUGCAGUUUUUUUUUUUUUUUUUCCGUAGAAUGCACUCACUCUUUAGAUCUAUAUUAGAAAAAAAAAAAAGAAAAAUAUUGAUUUGCCCACAGACUUUUCCCAUGUGAGUAUCUGUCAUGUAUGUCUGUUUCUGAAGAGCCUUAAUAACUAUACAUUUUGUUUAGCAGUUACUUGCCUCUGCUAAAGCAUUUUAGAUUGUUAGGGGUAUCUAUAUUACAGAUUAGAGUUGCUGGUUUUCUUUACACCUUUUUUCCCCCCAGUUGUAACAUAAAAAGUCUAUCCAGAUGCAUAUCUUUGUUUUCUGCAAAACAUCUGUUGCCACUGUGUGCACUGGUAACAGAGCAGUACCCCUCAACUCCAUUAUUAAUUCUGUUUUUUAUCAACAUUUGUUGCGUAGAUGUCCAUAACAAAAUGACCAGCAAUGUUGCUUAACUGGGGAAAUCCAAGCCUGAUGAGUGUGUCAUGCUUUUCCAAUUGAAAAUGUUACAAAUUACAAGCUUUAAGCAAAUGAAAAGGCGAAAAGGUAGCUUUAGCCACAGUGAAGGAGUUAAAAAAAAAAUUAACAAACAAAAUCUCUUUCUUCCUCCAUGCUCUCAUCAAAACGCUGUAUGUGGCUCCAGGAUUUUGCAUGGAUGCAGAAAGGCUUUGUCUACUCCUUCAAGAUACAUUUUUUCCACUUUGAAGCUUUGUGGAUCUUUCUGUCUGUCUGUCUGUCCCUCUUUGCUUUUUAGUUCUAGAUUAUUUCUAACUCUCUGUAGGCUGAGCUGUCUGUUAAUGAUGCAAAGAACACUUGUAAUAUGCUGAGUGCAACUGUGAGAAGGCAAAGGAAGAAAUGAGCCUUAGCCUGCCUGGUGGUACAAGGCCAAAACAGCACAUGGAGAAGAAAUUGUAUGGUGCUGGCCUUAAAGAAUAUUGAGAAGAAGAAAGGUAGGAGAGUUCCUGGGCAGUCCUACCCCUUGACCCCAAUAAAAAGACAAGUGUGUUCGUCAGCAUUUCAGUUGGUCAUUUUCCUGAUGCUCAGGUUACUUAUUGAUGGGGCUGUUUUAGAUCCAAGAAAUAUAUUGUCCUUCUGAUUUAUUCUCAGAUGGUACAGGGACCAUUCAGAGUUCAAUGAUUUCUUGUAACUGCUGCCUUGCAGGAUGGAUUGAGGUCUAUUCGGGGUGAUAGUUUGUCAGGUAGUGCUAUGCUUGCAGGAGAUUAUGUUGAUUGGCUUUCAAGUGAAAGGGUCAUGAAAGAAAAGGAAAAAGACCAGGAUUAGUCUAAUGUUUAACCUUGUCCAAAACAAAGUGACUGGAGAAAAAUACUAAAUGCUCUAAUUGCACUGAAUGUUUGAGCUUUAAAAAUACUUAAGAAUUUUUUUUUUUCUCUUCUUGGGGGAGAGGGGAAAAGUAGAACAUGCCUGGAGCUUUUUUGUACUUUUUUCUGAUAGCUUAGUAAAACAGAAACCCAACUUAAAAAUACUAAUUUGAUAUUGAGGGCCAAUAUGUAAAUAUAUUGUAUUUUUAUAAACUUAUAGUUCAGUUUCAUUUUAAAUUUGAACCUUUAUGUACAAAUGUAUCUAUUUGGUAAAUGCAUUCUAAAUCUCUUGUGAAUUCAAAGUAGUCAAAUUUCAUUUGAAGGAAAAUAACUUUACCAGGUGAAAUUAAGCAUCAGUAUCUUUUUUUCUUUUCUUUUUUUUUUUUUCAAGAAGACUAGGCUCUGAGGGUUUAAAAGGAAAUAUACAGGUCAUAGAAAUAGAAUAGCUCAGGUUAGAAAAGACCUUCAAGAUCAUCAGGUCCAACCUCAACUUAACCAUACUACCCUAACUUUAACAAGCACUGCUAAGUCGUGUCCCUGAGCACCACAUCCAGACAGUUUAUAUAAUCAUAGGAUGCGGAUGGAACCUUUAUAUAUCAAUAACUGCUUGUUUUUGCAAUGUAUGAUGACUUAGUAAUGUUGUAAUAUAAUUAUCAGUAAAUUAUUUGUUUACACGAACUUAAAUGUGAUUGCAAGGUCAGAAGAAUGGUACAAAUCGCUGAAUGCUGCCAAGGAGGGAGUAACAGUGAUAAGGUUAUUGAGCAGAGGAUGCUCCAGCUUCUGUCAGUAAGGCUGGGAUACAGGGCUUGGUUUGAUCAAAGUAAGUUGUUUUGAUUCCUGUAUAAGAAGGGAAUCAGAAAGUCAAGUAACGGUGUAUAUAACUUGAGUUGUGGCUUUCUGCUGUGCCUGUUGGCCUUACGGUGUUGGAGCGAGCAUGCUGAUACUGUGCCUUGUGAACACUGUGGCCUUUGCAACCAGCCUGAGCCUGUGGUCACUCCUAAUGGAGUAACAUAAAUAGUGGAGCCUCAUGGUGCUGCUGCCGGUGUCUCCAAGGUGACAGCUCCUACUACAAUAGAAACUACUCACCCUUUUCCACCUUUUAACUUCAGCUGACUCACUCAGUUAAUUCCCUCCUUUUCCAAUGUCACAUCCUAUCUUGUAGUUCAUAAGCCCAGCUAUCUCUUGUGGCCUUUGUUCCUCCUUCAGGUUAACUCUGUUUGGCAUUUUAGGCUGCCAGGUUCUGAUACGAGGUGAUUUGCUGUUGUAAUGCAAGAGUUUGGGGUCCCCUCAGUAAUAUGUAAACUGAGUGCCCAGGAACUGGAAUAUUUUGAAAUGGAUAAUACCAACCAGAAACAAACCCGUCACCACAGGAGGCUGUCUGCAGGGUCCUUGUCCAGAGCCAGCAGCUGCUGAGUGAAGUGGAGGGAUGGGGAAAUGAGGCCAAAAGAGAGGACAAAGGUAAAAUGCUGUGCUUAAGGCAGAGCCUCAGUUCAGGCUGAGUCAGACUUCAGUUUGAGCACGUGGAGAGUUUUGUUGCGUGGAAAACAUGGCUGUGGUGCACACUGAGUGAGUUAUAGUUACAAAUGCACGUCUAUCAAUGAUAGAUUAAGUUAACAUGAAAAAUUUUAAAAUAUCUGCACCCUUCAGACAUUGUUCUUCUGGUGUCUGAGAUGUACCUGGAUGGAUCAGGACCUCUAAAAUAAGUUGUAAGAACUGCUCCCCCAGGAAGGUCUGUUUCUGUCCAUUAACUGUGAAGGAAGUGUCAGAUGACUGUUUCAGUUAAAGCAUUCUAACGUAGGGCGAAAUCCAAUGUCUUAUUACAUGGAAAGCUGUAUCUAAGUACUAGCUGAUGCAAUAAUCAGCAAGUCUAGCUUUGCAGAGGGCUGUAUUCAGAUGUAAGAACAAAAUAUUGAACAGAGAGAAGGUACAGAAGAAGUUUAGUGAAAAGCACAUCUGCUAACCUGAACCAGCAAGUAGGGAAGAGUUACGCUUGUCAUUUUAUAGCAACCUGUAGAACAUUCUUGUUCUCAAAAACAUGGUAAGGGGACUCAACCAAAACUUGUUUUGGUUGAUGUUUUACCUCUGCUGCUUCCUCCUGUUCAGAAAGGGUGGGAAAAAACUUCCUGGUGACCGCAGUUAUUGAAGUUAUUUAUUUUAAAUAGAAGUGCAGGACAUGCAGAAACAUUCAGUCUCUACUCUCCCUCUUUCUGAGGCAAGGCUCCCACGUGCUUCUGGUAAAAUACAAAAGAGACUUUGAAGAAAGCAAAGGAAGAGGGUUCAGUAUUGUGACCGAUACGCCCGAGUUACAAAGACUGAAAAGGACUCAGGAACAAAUCAGUAAUCCUUACAUCCUAGAAAGAUAAUUCUGCGUUGGCCACAACUUGAAUCUAAUUAGCAAACUCCUCUAUUAUAGAAAUGCAUUCCACACAGAGUAGUCUUUAUAUUUAGCAGAUAAACAGUAUACAUCAUGGACUAAGGAUCUAAAUAAGGGUACAAGACAUUGAAAGUUUUGUUUUGAUUUCAUCUUGAAGUAUUAGAAAGUUCUCAAAGAGCCUAUUUGAAACAAAAUUGUAACUGCUUCCUUGAAGGGUGAAGGAGAAGAAUAGCAUGAAAGGAAACAAGAAAAACUGAUUGCAGCGUGCAUGUCUACAUUUCACAAAACCUGCCAUGGCACAUCAACGAAGAGACUGGAAUGAUCUACAAAGUAAAGAAGGUAGACAAGGAAUGGCCACACUCCCUGUCUUCAGGUACAAGAACCAGAAACAAAGAAAGCUCGUCAGAAGCACAAUCAAGACAAGCAAGAGGAGUUCUUUCUUUGUGAAAACUAUUAAACGAUGGAAUUUAGAAGAUCACAUGCAUACACUGUGACACCAUAUCCACUGGAAUAAGGAUGUAUUUCAGUUUCAUGCUAGCUGGACUUCAUCGCAGGAAAGAGUUUUCAUUGUUGUUUCCUCCAAGUAUUAAAAUGCGAGUAUCUGUCACUCAGGAAUUCACAGAGGAUGAAAAUGAGAAUGGAGAAGAAGAAAGGGUCUUCCUCAAGCCUGUUAUUGAGGACAGAAACAUGGAGCUGGCCCGAAAAUGCAGUGAAAUAAUAAGUGAUGUACACUACAAAGAAGAAUUUGAAAAAUCUAAGGGCAAGUGCAUAUUUGUACCUGACACCCCUCAGCUAAAACACGUGAAAAGUGUUGGUGCUUUUAUUUCUGAGGUGAAGUACAAAGGAGCUGCUAAGAAAGACCUUUCCAACUCUCUUUAUCAGCAGAUGCCAGCUACAAUUGACAGUGCAUUUGCAAAAGAAUUAACUCAGCUGCAGAGCAAGGUUCUGUAUAAACAAAAACAUGAUGCUGAGAAAGGAACUUCAGAUUAUGCGCAUAUGAAGGAGCCUCCGGAUAUUAAGCACGCCAUGGAAGUCAAUAAAUACCAGAGUGAUGUGUCAUAUAAGAGAGAUGUGCAAGAUACUCACAGAUACACUGAAGUGCUGAACAGGCCAGACAUAAAGAUGGCAACAGAGAUAACAAAGAUAAUAAGUGAUGCUGAGUACAAGAAAGGAAGGGGAGAGAUGAAUAAGGAACCUGCUGUACUUGGAAGACCAGAUUUUGAACAUGCUAAGGGAGUUUCUAAACUUCUAAGCCAAGUGAAAUACAAAGAGCAGUUCAAAAAAGAAAUGAAGAGCCACCAGUACAAUCCUCUUGACAGUGCUUCCUUCAAGCAAGCGCAGAUUGCAUCCACCUUGGCAAGUAAUGUGAAUUACAAGAAGGAUUACAAGGAAAGUCUGCAUGAUCCAGCUUCUGAUCUACCAAACCUGCUGUAUUUAAACCAUGCUUUAAAUAUCAGCAAAAUGCAUAGCGAUGUCAAGUACAGAGAGAAUUACGAGAAAUCUAAAGGCAAAUCAAUGCUCGAGUUUGUGGAUACACCAUUGUAUCAAGUUUCAAAGGAUGUUCAAAAGAUGCAAAGUGAGAAAAUAUAUCGCAAAGAUUUUGAAGAAAGUCUUAAGGGAAGGCCCUCACUGGAUUUAGACAAAACCCCAGAGUUCUUGCAUAUAAAGCAAGUCACUAAUCUUCUGAAGGAGAAAGAGUAUAGAAAAGAUUUGGAAGAAUGGAUGAAAGGAAAAGGAAUGACAGUGUUUGAAGAUACGCCAGAUUUGAUUAGAGUUAAAAAUGCGGCUCAGAUACUAAAUGAGAAACAAUACAAGAAAGACCUGGAAACUGAAAUUAAAGGGAAGGGCAUGCAAGUUGGUCCAGAUACUCCUGAGAUAAGACGAGCCAAGAAAGCUUCUGAAAUUGCAAGCACUAAAGAGUAUAAGAAAGACUUGGAGAAUGAAAUUAAAGGAAAGGGAAUGGAAGUGGGCAUGGAUACCCCUGAUAUACAACGAGCAAAGAAAGCUUCUGAAAUUGUAAGCCAGAAAGAAUAUAGAAAAGAUCUGGAGACUGAAAUUAUAGGAAAAGGGAUGCAAGUUGGUCCAUUUACACCUGAAAUACAACGUGUCAAAAGAGCUUCAGAAAUAGCAAGCCAGAAAAUGUACAAAGAUGAAGCAGAGAAGAUGCUCUGUAACUAUUCUGCUGUCCCUGACACUCCAGAGAUGGAGAGGAUAAAAAGCACUCAGAAAAACAUCAGUUCAGUGUUUUAUAAGAAGGUGGUAGGAGCUGGCACAGCUGUUAAAGAGACUCCAGAGAUUGAAAGAGUAAAGAAAAAUCAGCAGAAUAUUAGUUCGAUUAAAUACAAAGAAGAAACUCAGCAUGCAACUCCUAUUUCUGAUCCACCCGAACUAAGGAGAAUCAAGGAAAACCAGAAGAAUAUAAGCAAUGUUCACUAUAAAGAGCAGCUCUGCAGGGCUACACCUGUGAGUGUCACUCCAGAGAUUGAAAGAGUCAAGAGGAAUCAAGAGAAUGUCAGCAUGGUUCACUACAGAGAGCAGCCUGGCAAAGCUACUGCUGUGAGCAUCACUCCUGAGAUAGAGAGAGUCAAGAAGAAUCAAGACAAUAUCAGCUCGGUGAAGUACAGCAGUGAUCAGAGGCAGAUGAAAGGUAGACGUAGUGUGAUUCUAGACACACCUGAGCUAAGGCAUGUCAAAGAAACACAAAACAACAUCUCAAUGGUUAAAUAUCAUGAAGAUUUUGAGAAGACAAAGGGCAGGGGUUUCACGCCAGUGGUGGAUGAUCCUAUAACAGAGCGGGUGCGGAAAAACACCCAAGUUGUAAGUGAUGCAGCAUAUAAAGGGGUGCACCCACAUAUAGUUGAAAUGGAUAGAAGACCUGGAAUAAUUGUUGAUCUUAAGGUUUGGCGCACAGAUCCUGGCUCCAUCUUCGACAUUGAUCCUCUGGAGGACAAUAUUCAAUCUAGGAGUCUGCAUAUGCUUUCUGAAAGAGCAAGCCGCUACAGUAAGCAGUACUUGCAUUCUACAAGUUUGGGAGAUUAUAAAUCAGAUGGUUCUGACACGAACCCUACCUUUUCUUACUGCAGUGAGAUAACAAGGCCAUCUGAUGAAGGAGCCCCUGUACUCCCUGGGGCAUAUCAGCAAAGCCAGUCCCAAGGAUAUGGAUACAUGCACCAGACCAGUAUGUCGUCUAUGAGGUCAGUGCAUUCACAGCCUCAUCCAGCAGGCCUGAGAACAUACAGAGCUAUGUAUGACUACAGUGCUCAAGAUGAAGAUGAAGUUUCCUUCAGGGAUGGUGACUAUAUCAUCAACGUGCAACCAAUUGAUGAUGGCUGGAUGUAUGGUACUGUUCAGAGAACUGGGAAAACAGGAAUGCUUCCAGCAAAUUAUAUUGAGUUUGUUAACUAAUUUUUGUCUCUAGUCCUUUGAGCUUUGUUAUGAUUUACUCAAAAUCUAAUCUUUUAGAAAAAUUCAGAAGAAUCUUUUAAGACCACAUGUUCAUUACUUUAUUGCUACUAUGACAGUCUGCAUUCCACUCAGAAUCCAAUUUAGAGUCCUUUAAAUACGGAUGAAUAAACAACAAGAGCUUUGAAAACAGCAUGGUUUAUAAUAGUGCUCCCUCAAAAUAAAAUAAAAAAAAAAACAUAUAUGGAAGCCUGGUGCUGCUAAUCCUAUAAAAUCAAUUAGCUGUAAAGGGAAAAUACCUUUUCCCUACAUCUCAAAGAGGUUGUUUCUCUUUAUAGUAACCAUAAAAUUGAUUCGCUUCUUAUGGGAGACGUCUAAUGUUUGAGAAGUCAGCAUCCUCAUAAAAAUAAAAAUGUUAGAGAAUUUGAUCAUUUGAAAUAAUGCCAAGUAAUAUAUUUGUAAAAAAUAAACAAACCUACUGCCCAGCAGCCUUACAAUGAAAAGGUUUAUUUUGACAGUAAAAAUUUCCCAACUCUCACCUGCAUUAAUUCCUAGAUUACCCAUUUUAUGUUUUUCACAGUGACUUCUUCUAUCAGCUUGGCUUGCAUCCUAGUCCAUCAGUUAGAUCCAUGCCUGGUUUCAUGGUUCAUCAGUAUCUUUCCCACAGAAAAUUCCUUGCAGAAAUUAUCUAGAGUAUAAAAGCUACCAAGUCUUCUGUUUCCUUCAAAUAAUACUUUGUGUUUAAAUAUAAACUUCCAUUAGAGCAAUGUUACUUCCUUUACUUUCCCCUGUACUGCUGUAAAUAGUGUGUGUGAGGCCCUGGUGCUGUGCAAUCACACGAAGCAUGCAGGCACAUCCCUUCACCUUACCACAAGUAACUUGCUUAAUGGCUGCCUUGCUAAUGAGCUAAUGUACCUACCCUGCUGCAGAAAUACUUGCACCUCCAUUGAACAGUGGAGAAGAGCUCUGGUUAAUUGUAGUGCAUUUCAGCUCAAUGGCCUAUUUCAGUUUUCUCCAAAAUUUUUGAUGAUCUGCCAGUGAGUUGUGUGCUUACAAAAUGAUUAAUGAAGGAGAAAAAUAACUUUCUUUUUACAUUUAUUCCUUUUCAUAACUGAAACUGAAGGGUAAACUAGCCAAAAAAAAAAAAAAAAAAAAAAAAAAGUUCAGCAUACUGUAUUCCAUUAAGCUUCAGUUUCCACCAUGAAUAGAAAACAGUAAUAAUAUUUUGCUGACAAACCUUCAUGUUUGCUCCUUGGUGCCCAUUAACUUAUGAUAAGGAAGUGAAGGAGCCAGGUCUCCAUCUGUGAGGCUGAGAGGAGAGCAUGAAAUACCUGGUGACAUAACAGAUCUGUAAGACAGGUUGUGUCACUGGCUUGACACACAAGGAAGUUCCUCUUGCUUUAAGGGGAUGCCAGGAAGGUGCUGUGUUCCCUCCCAGUUAAAACUCUCUGUGGAAGGACAGGAGAAUUAGCAAUUCAUGUGGGAGCUUACUCAUGUGGAUGCAUACAAACAUAAAGAAAUAAUGAAGAAAUAAUGUUUUUGCUGAUAAUGUGAUUUGUGGUAUUCAAUCAUAUGAGAAAGAAGUUAAUUUUGGAGUAGCUGUCGUGUUGAUCAUGCACUGACAUUCUCCCAUUUCUGAAAUGUUAGGAGUACAACUAAUUACAGAAUUUAUAGAUAAUUUUGUAUUUCAUAUUUCACAAAAUAAUGAAGUCUGCCGUAUCUGUUUAAACAACAAAGAAGGAAGGCAGUACGGAUUUGUUACAGCAACUGAAAGCUGUCAGCACAAAUACUUCCUAGCUCCAUUUCUGCAUACAAUUAGGAAUUGGAGAGUUUGAGUAGUUUUUUUUUUCCUGUUGUUAACAAGGGGCGAGUCCCAGGCUGCCAGAAAGAGGGUGGGAUGACUGCAUUUGAAAAAAAAACAAAAAAAGAAAAGAAAGAAAAAGGUCAUGAAAUUGUCUAUACUUUCUUGUCUGCUGCCUAAUUUCAAGGCCAAAGCUGACUGGGAGCAUCUAACUUCAAAAAAAGUGAUUUAAAACCAGGAAUGUGAGCCUGUAAAUGUACAGUCUGUAUGGCUUACACUGCUGUCAUUUAAAGUUCUUGAAAGACAAGGGCUGUAACAGGCCAUUAUGCAUUACUGGCAACUUCCACCUUAGAUUUGCUAGCUUUGCAAGUCAGAUGGAUUUUUUCAAAAGGCUGCUGUGAUAGGCACAGCUAGAAACUCUCAAAAAGGCAGUCUGUUUGUGCAUUGGUUUUCAUCACUGGCCAUCAACAGCAAAGAAAGAAAUUCUGUCUUAAAGUAGCUGGCAAAUUUUUCUGAUGAUGCCUGGGGCAGAAUUGGAUAUCACUUGCUGCUAUGCUGCUCUAUUUGUUCUGUAAUGCUGACAGCAAUACAAACAAGUUGGCAGUUUGCUAACCAGACUUGAAUGCAAAGAAAUGGAAUGAACAGAUAUUUUGCAUCAAAUUGCAAAUUUUAGUCUCUUAGAGAAAAGCAAGUCUCAACACUAGCUUGCUUUCUUCCUAAGUGAGGAGGUGGCUUCCAGUGUUGAAUGUUGGAAAAGUAAAUCAGAAAAUGAGCAAUUUAUCUCAUUGGAAAACUAUCUUGUGCUGAACAACCAAAAUAAAAUUUUGUUUAUGAAUUUUGAAUAUUCAUUAGCCUGGCAAGGCACCUAAAGCAAUUGCAAAAUAAAAAAGGUCAGGAAAACAAAGCAGUAUGUGAAUUGUAUUUCUCAUGAAAGUGGUAUGUCAGCAGAAUUAUUAAGAUCUGUUUUAAGGUACUCAUUUAUGUAGUCAGGUUUUUAUGUUCUAUGUACUCAGUAAUUCUUGUUCGUUGGGAAUGUUUCCUCUUUUUUAAUAUACAACAAUUUUUUUCCCAUUGUGCAAAUGUGUUCUAAACAGUGCUAUCAAAGUCCACAAAUUAUCAGAGUGCUAUUUUCAAAUUGUUGUAUAAGAUCUGAAAUUUGCAAUGUAAGAAGAAUAAGUCAGCAACCAAAUUGUGCCAGCACAACUUCUACAAGGCAUGUGUUGGAGCCUGUUACGUGCAGUGGUAUGUAGGGGUGAACAGAUGUAUGCUGUCCUGUCAUCUUUAAAGUGUGUAUUCCUUUUUAACACAGCAUGUUCUCCUCACUGUGUUUUUUUCCUAUUAACAACAUUUUUCUGGGGAAAGAGUUCUAAGGAGCCAAAUUUCCCACGGUAUUCCAAAAUUUAGGCUGGAAGCUCAUAUGUUCCCAUUUUAAGCAUUUUAGAAACAAGGAAGUUAUGCUAACGUUCUUACUAAUCUAUGUAUAAAUAUAUAAAACUACAUAGAGCAUAUUCAUACAUAUACACAGGAACAAAUGGGUGCCUUGCUUUUUAUUACUCUGUCUUGCCUGGCUUAUCUUCAUUUUCUAAACAAAGCUACUUACAGAUCCUGCAUUUUUCAUUAUGGAACAUUAGCAUUUAAUCUUGAUGAAACAGGGUUUUCUUGAUUACAUUUGACAUACCAUAAACCACUUCAACAGAUUGAGAUUUGACAGAGAUUCACCUCCCAUGGAUUGUAUUUGUGACAAAUGUGUCCAUACCGAGUGUUCCUCGGGGAUGCAGAAGGUCUCCAGUGUUUGGAAAAGGUAAUAAUUUUAGCUUUUAUUGUACAGUGAUGGCAUGCCAUCUCGUACAAUGAAAAAGAAAUGGUAUGUAAGUCUUUGGCAGAAAGUGGUACAGGGUAUAAAAUGUUAGAUUUUAAUUAUGUUGAUUAAUACUCCAUUUAAAAUACAGAAUAAGCUUUAGUUAGUAAAUGUUUAAAUAACAUACUGGAACAGACAAAAGAUGCUGUUGAAAGAUCUCCAAACUGAUGUGCUGGCAAAUGCAAAGUACUGGUGAGCUGUAGAAGAGUAAACCAUUUUGCAGUGCUUUAGUGAUUUUCUCCAGCUUUAUGCAAUAGGAAUCCCAUCUCCCUUUCUGAAAGAAAACCUGAAAGCUAUAUUUCCUAAACUGCCUGCAUUACAACAGUAUAUUGAAAGGAAUUUCAUAUGCUUCUUGUGUCUGAUAAAUAGAAUUUGCAUAUUGUACUUAAGUUGUAAUCCAGUUGUUGUUGACAUUUGUUUAAUUAUUAUUAUUUUAGAGGGGAAAAUAAGCUAUACUGUAGCAUUUCAACCAUGUGUAUUUAAUAGUACUCUUAGAAGUUGCUAGACCGUUGGAAGACAGCAAUGACUGUAUUGACAUUGAUUAGCAUGAUGUGGAAAAUCUCAGCUGUUGGUUUUUGCAGUGUGAUAUAAAAAGCAAAAAUGAACCGCUGUGCAGUUUGGCUUAUGUUUGCUUUCAAGUGUGUAAAAGUUUUAGUUAUUUUGCAAAACUACUGUAUUUGGGAGUAUACAGUUCUGAAGGUAACAAUUGUUUUUCAAAGGACAGAUAUACUUACUCUUGGAUCAUAUGAUGUAUCAUCUUAAUUUGGCUUUUGUUAUGCAGAAAGUUAACACCAGCUAUUAAAAUAUAUUUUAGUAGAAAUGCUUUAAUUCCUGUUUUUUCCUCUACACUGUGAAUAUUUAAGCCUUGGUGGACUAGAGCAACAUCAUGCUGCCCAAAGUACUAACCUAUGCAAACUAGUUCACAUUUUAGUUGAUGUCACAGUGGAUGUAACAUAACAAUUUAUUUUGCAUAACAUUAAAAGUCAUUCAAAUAAAAUGUUAAACCUAGCACUAUGUAUGUAUUAUAUUCAUAAACAAUCCUCUGCAAAGCUACUAUACCCAUUAAAACAAGUUACUGAAGUAUAUUGUUCUAGCUAAGUAAGGAUGCUUUGACUUUUCAAACUGAAGUGGAAUAUAUAGAGCUAUUUCAAGCUUGAUCUCAAGAAAUGUUUCAGAAAACAGCAGUUUAUUUCAGAAAUGCACUCAUCUCAAAGAGUUAAUUAGCCUUUUCAGUCUAUGUUUGUAACCCUUCAUUAGAACAGUAAGUUACAUUCUAUGUCCCUUGUUUUGUUUAAAUAAACAAAGGUAGUAAGUGAA